UAUAAAUGGGGCAAGAGUCUUGGUGCUACAUCUCACAUUUCACACGCCCCAUUUCGUUGCAGUCUUCCAUUUUCCGGGUUAGUCUUCUGCUGUAAUAGCAGUCUUCGAUAAAUCUUUGCUAACGAGAAAGAACACGUGUGAAGUGCUAGCUUGUGUCAUGGGGAGCAAACUUUCUCACGGUGUGGACAUGGUGGAAGAGGGCGGAGAGCGGAGCCGGGGGUCAUCACCGCUCCCAACUCCUCAAACGAUUCAGUUUGAUACGGUAGAAACACGGCUGUUAAAGAACCCGUUCCCUGGGUACGAGGGUUUCCUUAUUGAGAAAGUGGGGCAGAACGGAAGAGCCGCAGGACAGGUGGUCCGGACUGAACACGUGACGCCUGAAAACAAGCACAAAGUGAUUGUACUAGUGUACACCUACACGUGUGCGUCGCCUGUAGACGGGACCUACGUUGUGCUGCAGUUUCAACAGUCCGAAAAGUACUUCGCCGCCCACAAAAAUCAACCAGGCAAGCUUAUUCUGAGGAAACGAGGCUGGAAUCCAGGAAAUGCCGAAGACAUCACGACAACUGCCGACCGCCGAGUGUUCCUGAUGAAGCCCAAUCAGCUUGGUUCGCGAGAUCUCGUGUUCGCCUCGCGAGGCUCGUUUCGUCACGUGAUCACCGUGUUUCAGAACAUUCGAAGAGUCGCUGAACUGGAGGACAAAGGUACCGAGACAGCGGUCGAAUCACAACUCUACCAACUUGACUUCCCGGUACUGCGUCGUGCAAAGGGGAGGCCUGAGGGUGAGACGACGGGCGAUUAUCUGGAGGUUGUGCCGUUCCCAUUCAAACCGCAAGAAGGCGCUGACGAACAGUCGGAGCAAUGUCCAGACCAGCAAGAAUAGCUCCGCGAUUGACUAUCGUUACUUUCAUAGGAUGAGGCAUGUCUAAGUUGUAAUGACAUAACUUAGGACUAAAAUGAUCCUGCUUUAAAAAAUUUUAAACGUCUACUUCGUCAAAUUUUGAGAACAAGGGGCAUGCUUUAUUUAUGAUCAAUGCAAUGUAUUGUCUCGACAGAUGAAAAGUUUGAAACAUACUUGCUAUUGUUUCAAACAGUUCGGAGAUUAAGAAAAAACAUGGUGAUUUUUCUAUUGCAAACGUGCAAACAAAGCUUGGAAAAGGUUGCUUUUAUUCAUUAACCUAUUAGUAAACAGGAAGGUUGAACAA